AUGUUCAGUUGCAGGACUGCAGUGAAUGAUUUGGUUUUCAUUGUUGAUGGAUCAUGGAGUGUAGGAUACGUUAACUUUGACACUGCUAAAAACUGGUUAAUAAAUAUAACCAGUAGCUUUGACAUUGGACCAUUAUACACACAGGUAGCUGUGAUACAAUACAGUGACUCUCCGCGGCUGGAGUUUUCUCUAGGGCAGCACAGAUCAAACCAGCAACUCAUUAAUGGUCUAAAGAACAUGAAAUACUUGGGUGGAAAUACUCAGACUGGCCGUGCAAUCAAAUUUGCUACAGAAAAUGUCUUUCCUUCCUCCCAGAGGACCAAUAUUGCCAAAAACAGAAUUGCUAUAGUGGUCACAGAUGGCAAAUCCCAGGAUGAUGUUGUUGAAUCUGCCACCCAAGCCAGAGCUCAGAAUAUUAUCAUGUUUGCUGUUGGAGUUGGGUCUGAAAUAACUAAGUCAGAACUGGUGGCAAUUGCUAAUACUCCAUCUACUGACUAUGUACUCUAUGCAGAGGACUACACUACAAUAGACAGGAUUAAGGAGACUAUGCAACAAAAGUUAUGUGAAGAGUCUGUGUGCCCUACUCGAAUACCAGUAGCAUCACGUGAUGAAAAGGGGUUUGAGCUACUUGUAGGCAUGAAAAUUCAUAAAAAAGGCCAGAAAAUAACAGGUUCACUUGCUUCAGAGAAAGCUUACCUGCUCACACCUGAUGUAGACGUGACAGAAAAUACAAGAGAUAUCUUCCCAGAAGGUCUACCUCCUUCAUACGUCUUUGUGGCAACAUACCGGUUGAAGGGUCCUUCACUGAAUAAUACUAUUGACCUUUGGAGAAUACUGUCAAAAGCAGGUGAAGUCCAGGCUGCUGUAACUCUGGAUGGCACAGACAAUUCUGUCAUAUUUACUGCUACUCAAUUAAAUGAAGACUCUCAAAUCAUUAGGUUCAAAGACCAAAGGUUAAAGAAACUGUUUGAUGAAGAUUGGCAUCAGCUAAAGAUCUUAGUAAGAAGUAAAUAUGCAAUAUUAUAUGUGGAUGAUGAGCUCAUUCAGAAUAAACAAAUUAAUGAAAUUGGGCCAAUAUACAUCAAUGGUAACACUCAAGUUGUAAAGGAAACAAACACCGAAAAAACAAUCGCUAUGGAAAUACAAAAACUUAGACUGUACUGUGAUCCAGAGCAGAGUGAACGAGAAACAGCCUGUGAAAUCUACUCUGUGAAUGACCCAAGGUGUCCGCUUGAGAGAGAGCAACCCAGUUCAACUUGCGAGUGUCCUGAAGGUCAACCAGGGUCACCAGGGUUUCCUGGCCCUGAAGGACAUAAGGGAAACAUGGGAGACCGUGGACCUCCUGGAAUUGAUGGUAAACCUGGUUCAUCAGGACCUCAGGGACCACCUGGCAUAUCGGGUACGCCAGGUGAGAAGGGUUUACAGGGCCCACCUGGGACAAAAGGUGAUCCUGGUGCCCCUGGUGUCCAAGGUAGCAAAGGGGAAAAGGGAUCAAGUGGCUCCCUAGGCCCACAGGGCCCAGCAGGAGAGCCAGGACUUUCUGGGAGAAAUGGAGCUCCAGGAUCAGAAGGUUUAAAGGGAGAUAAAGGUCAGCAAGGUCAACCAGGAUUAGACGGGCCUCCAGGGAUACCGGGCUUUCGUGGUUCCCCUGGUCUCCCUGGUACAACUGGACUAAAAGGUGAAAGAGGACUACCAGGACAAAAAGGGAGCAGUGGACCUACAGGUCCCAAGGGAGAUAUUGGGCAGAUUGGACGUCCAGGACCAGAUGGGCUGCAGGGACCAAAGGGGCUACAAGGUGAACAUGGUAUAGCAGGACCCCCAGGACUACCAGGAUUAAAAGGUCAGAGAGGAGAACAAGGACUGCCUGGUUUGCAAGGUCCUAUGGGGGUUCAGGGGCCAAAAGGGCAUAAGGGAGAUUUUGGGGAUGAAGGAAUAAAAGGAGAACAGGGUGAAAAGGGAGAAGCAGGAUAUCCAGGAACUCCUGGAAUAAGGGGUGAAGGAGGAAGUAAAGGAGCCAGAGGAGAGAGAGGCGACACUGGCGAAACUGGCCCUAAAGGUCAAGAGGGCAAAAAAGGAGAAGUCGGCUCUACAGGCGUCCCAGGGCCACGUGGUUUUCCAGGUGAAGGAGGGCCACAGGGAAGAUCUGGAAUACCUGGCAUUCCCGGAAAACCUGGGAAAUUCAUUACAGAGGAUCAGGUUAUAAAGUUGUGUACUAAUGUAUUGCGUGCACAGUUACCAUCAAUGCUGCAGAAUAUGAGCCCUAGCUGUCCACCUUGUGAAGGAAAGCAAGGAUCGCCAGGGUCGCCAGGCACACAGGGCAGACCUGGGGAAAGAGGGCCACCAGGAUACCCAGGGAGAGGAGGCAGAACUGGUUACCCCGGGCUUCAGGGAUUGCCAGGUCCUCAGGGAAUAAAAGGUGAUACUGGACAAAAGGGAGACAAAGGUUCUAAGGGAGAGCGUGGUAUAGGACAGCCAGGUCCACCUGGGCCAGCAGGACCUUCGGGAUUGAAUGGGCGCAGUGAAGAAGGCUUGCCUGGCCCACCAGGUAUUCCAGGAAAAAAUGGAGUUUCAGGGUCUACUGGAAAAAGAGGGUUACCUGGACCUCCUGGGACUUGUGAUGUAUCAUCAUGUUUCUCUGCGUACGGUGUAAGAGAUGACCCUUUCAGAAAAGGACCAAACUUUUGA